GUCUGGUUCCAGAACCGCCGCGCCAAGUGGAAGAAGCGCAAGAAGAACAACGUGUUCCGCACCCCGGGCGCGCUGCUGCCGCCCGCGGGCCUGCCGCAGUUCCCUCCCUCCAUGGCCGACUCGCUGUGCUCCUUCCACGCGGGGGACGCGCGCUGGGGCGCCGCCAUGUCCGGCGUCUCGUCGCUGCCGCUGCCGCCGUCUCUGGGCCGCCAGCCCCAGAGGCAAUCCCUGUCGCAGUGCAGUCUGGGCGGGGGCCCCAACCACAUGGGGCUGUCGAACGGCGGCGGGCUGCAGUCGCACCUGUACCAGCCCUCGUUCCCCGGGAUGGUCUCCACGUCGCUGUCGGGGCCGCCGCAAGUGGUGAGCACCGUCCCCACGGGCUCCCCGCAGCUCUGCGGCUCUCCCGAGGUCGGGGACAUGUGGCGGGGCACGAGCAUCGCCUCCUUGCGCCGCAAGGCCCUGGAGCACACGGUCUCCAUGAGCUUCGCCUAG